UUCGUCUCUUCUUCUCCUUCCCUCCCUCUCUCUCUCUGCUACAGGUGUGAGAAGACCUACACCAGUCCCUCCAAGCCGUGUCCAGACCUCCAUUUCAUAGCAUUGAUAAUAUCACAUAAUACUGACCUGACAUCAUCUAGAGCAUUACGCACAUGUACACUUACACACCAACUUCUGUUGUGUCCUAAGACUCGUGGGCCCAGUCAUCAUCACCUGAAUAGACACUGUAAGUUUUCAUGAAGUGACAUUCAAGGAAAGGCAGGAUGAAUUUUGACAAAGUCCUGGACCGGAUUGGAGGGUUUGGACGCUUCCAGAAGACCCUUUAUGUAUGGAUCUGCCUGCCACAGAUCUUCUUGGCCUUCCACAUGUUGGUGUCUGUCUUCACUGGGGCUGUACCCCCUCACCUGUGCAGAUCCGCCUGGCCAGCGGGCGACAGUGGUGGCACCGGGUUGGGCUUCAACUUCAGCAUUGCUCCUGGGGAGUCCUGCACGUCCUUUCAGGAUGGCCCUCUGUCCCAGCUUAAUCACAGUCUACCAAUUACUGAGCACUUGUCCACCUCAAACGGCUGCACGGGAGGAUGGGAAUUCAGCAAGGAAGUCUUUCUCAGCACUGUUGUCACAGAGUGGGAUCUUGUGUGUGAAAAUGCCACUUUGAACAACAUUGGAUCUUCUAUCUAUAUGUUUGGGCUGCUGGUUGGAGCAGUUCUGUUUGGUGCCCUUGCUGAUAAUGGGAUCUUGUCACAAGGCACAUUUGUGCAUGUGCACAUUAACAACAUCCAGUCUGCCAUGAAUAUCUUCUACAUCAAAUACUUGAAAUGGGUUUCUCUUGUUUUACAGAGCUCUAAAAUCUCAGAGAAACUUCAAGACCUGAGGAAGUACACUGUCAUCGAUUUGGUUCGAACACCCAGAAUGAGGACACAGUCCCUCAUUCUCUUCUACUUGUGGUUUGUGAAUGUCCUGGUGUACUAUGGGCUGUCACUCAAUAUUUCAGACUUUGGAAUGAAUAUCUACCUGACACAGAUGAUCUUUGGCUUGGUGGAAAUGCCAGCACGUACCAUUACUCUCUUCACCCUAAACCGCUCACGCAGAAUAUCCCAGUUAGCAUUCUUGGCAGUAGGCGGCCUGGCCUGUCUUCUUACCAUAUUCAUUCCAGAUGGUAGGUGA